AUGACGGAACGACGGCACGGCCGCAGUCCCCGCCGGGGGUCCCGCCGCGGCGAGCGUGCGCGCCGUGCAUCGCGACGCGACGAGGCCGACGAAAUCAGCGCAGCGUACCGCUCGCCUGGAGUCGAGCGCAAGGUCACCGAGGUCAUGGCCACGAUGAACGUGUCAGGCGCCGAAGACAGCGUCGUCCGGCUGGAGUAUGUCGGCUACAACAUCCUGAUCCCAACCAUCUCAGCGUGCGGCGUGCUGGGAAACACGCUCAACCUGCUAGUGCUUACGCGCGGUCAGAUGAAGGCCUCCAUCUAUAUAUACUUCACAACCCUGGCCAUCGCGGAUCUGGUCACGUGUCUUCUGAUAUUCUUCAGCGGCAUUGCCAAGGGCGCUGCCGCUGCCAGCUACUGGUGGCAGAUUUUCGAAGUGUACUUGUACCUGGGCGUCGGCUCGAUCUCGACCACCGUCUCCAUAGCGACCAUCGUCAUGGUUACCGUUGAGAGGCUGAUACUGAUCAGGUGA